AUGACGAUAUUGACAAUAUCCAGCUUACAGCGCAUCACGGCGUCUAAGUUAGCAGAGAUGCUACUUGCCAGCUCCCACCAACCAGCUUCCGAUGCACCAGUAGCUAUCGUAGAUGUGCGAGACGAUGAUCACAUUGGUGGCCACAUUAAGUCAUCUCUACACUUUCCUAGCGUUAGCCUUGACGCCACCAUGCCUACUCUACUUCGCAAGCUCGCCGACAAAGAAGUCGUCGUCUUCCAUUGCGCAUUAAGCCAGCAACGCGGACCUAGUGCCGCUCUCAGGUACCUUAGGGAAAAGGAGGCUACAGCUAUAAAGAAACCUGCGGCAAAGGAAGUCGAUGGUGAGAGCGAGAUCAGCAAGCAACAAGUCUAUGUCUUAGACAAGGGAUUCGUCGGCUGGCAGGAAAUCUAUGGACCCGACGAGAGACUUACGGAGGGAUAUAGGAAAGAGAUAUGGGAAUCUGGAUAUUAA